CGAGCGCUGAUGUGGACCGAUGCUCCACCUUGAGCAGCCUUGGGCGUCAGACUGGACGAGCGACGACCUGGCACCAAGCACUUUCCUUUCCUCCUCGUUCCCACGGACCGACGGACGGACGGACGGGGCCGACAGGAGGCACCUCGUCGCUCGCUCCGCCGAUCCGCUCCCCUCCUCCUCCGCGGCCCUCACAUGGAGGAAGCCAAGGGUACGCUCUGCUCCGGUUAUCUCGCGGCCGCGCAAGAUAGGGAGCACAAGUUCUUAUCGAUAGCGGUAGAAGAGGCCUACCGAGCGGUCGACCGUGGCCAUGGGCGCCCAUUUGGCGCGGUCGUGGUCCGCAACGACCAAGUAGUGGUCAGUUGCCAUAACAUGGUUGUGAAGAACACCGAUGCAACCGCCCAUGCCGAAGUUACUGCAAUAAGAGAGGCUUGCAAGAAGCUCGGGAAGAUCGACUUGUCGGAUUGCGAAAUGUAUGCAUCCUGCGAACCUUGCCCGAUGUGUUUCGGCGCUGUUCGUCUAUCCCGGAUCAAGAGGCUGGUGUAUGGAGCCACGGCAGAAACUGCUAUUGCCAUGGGAAGCUGCUACCAGAACGCCAACUUGGAGAUAAAGCGAGUGGAUGGGAAUGGAGCCCUGCUUGCUGAACAACUCCUUGAGAACACCAAGGGGAAAUUCCAAAUGUACUAAUUGUGUAGAUAAAGACGACAUUGAUGUGAUUUCACACCACGGAAGCCCUUGAUGCUCAGAAAAAAAUAAUGCAAUUGUCAAAAAAAAUCUGUCAUUGGUGAUGAACUACAAACUGUCAAAUAGCAUAUAUAACAUGUGAUUCUGAUUUGAUCUUGCUUAA